AUGGUAUUGCUGCGGAUUCACACGUUCAUCAGCUUUGUUUUGUGCAAGAAAGCUGGAAAUCAUUACCUUCCCCAGCUCCUUAACAUGGUUCUGGUGAAUGCUUCUGAUGUUACUAUCCUGGAGGUUAUUCUGGUUUUCCAUGAUCAACGUGUCCGCAACCUGAUGAACAUGAAGACUUUUGUUGACACAGAUGCUGAUGUGAGGCUUGCUCGUAGAAUUAGACGUGACACAGUUGAGAGGGGUAGGGAUGUAAACUCUGUACUCGAACAGUAUGCCAAGUUUGUGAAACCUGCCUUUGACGAUUUUGUUCAUCCAUCAAAGAAGUAUGCGGAUGUAAUCAUUCCCCGGGGAGGUGAUAAUCAUGUUGCCAUUGAUCUGAUUGUACAACAUAUCCACACAAAGCUUGGUCAGCAUGAUCUCUGUAAAAUAUAUCCCAAUGUCUAUGUGAUUCAAUCAACAUUCCAGAUUAGAGGUAUGCAUACACUGAUACGAGACAAGGAGAUAUCAAAGCAUGAUUUCGUGUUUUACUCAGAUCGACUUAUCCGUUUGGUUGUUGAGCAUGGCCUUGGCCAUCUGCCAUUCACUGAAAAGCAAAUAGUUACUCCAACAGCGUCACUGUAUACGGGGGUUGAUUUUUGCAAGAAGUUGUGUGGGGUUUCCAUUGUUCGAAGUGGUGAGAGCAUGGAAAAUGCAUUGCGUGCAUGCUGCAAAGGAAUUAAAAUUGGAAAAAUUCUGAUUCACCGUGACGGAGAUAAUGGUAAACAGCUAAUAUAUGAGAAGCUUCCCAAGGAUAUUUCAGAACGGCAUGUCCUGCUUCUUGACCCUGUACUUGCCACAGGGAACUCUGCAAACCAAGCUAUCGAACUACUCAUUCAGAAAGGAGUACCAGAAUCCCACAUUAUAUUCCUCAACCUCAUCUCUGCUCCAGAGGGAAUCCAUUGUGUUUCUAAAAGGUUUCCAUCAUUGAAAAUUGUCACUUCCGAAAUUGAUGUUUCUUUAAAUGAAGAAUUCCGUGUCAUCCCUGGUUUGGGGGAGUUUGGUGAUCGUUACUUUGGCACUGAUGAUUGAUCAUGAUGGUUGAAAUGUAGAGGAGAUUUUUACCCACUUUCAAAUGGGGCGGUUUUUACAGAAAAAUUAUAAUCAAUAUUUUGAAAUAUGAAGGGAAUUUCAACGUUUGCAUAAUA